AUGAAGCUCAAGCGGUCCGCGACCGCGGCGAAUGGGAAGCCGAGUAAGAAGCAAAAAGUCGAGCCAAUAAAGAAAACAAAAGCUAAAGGCAAGGAGCGGGCCUUUGAACGACCGACGAUUCCUAUCCCCGAGGCGGAGAGCGACGAUGGAAAUCAGAGCCUAGAAGAAGAAGAAGAGGGACUUGAAUACUUUCACCAAGGGGGAAAUAUACAAUUCCUUGCCUCGUUGGACAAGAAAGCCAUUGCGAGGAGUAAGAAAGAGACACAGCGACUGCAUAAGCUCAACAAACCUGUGCGGGAUUCAAGACCUGCGGAUGAUGAUUUACCUAGUAUAGCUUCACAUAGCGACGAUGGCGAAGAAUGGAGUUCACUAGACUCAGACGGACUCUCAGACGAAGACACACACUCAGAUGAGGAUCUCGAUUCGGAUAAGGGCCUUCCAGAUCAAUUCGACUCGGACGAAGAGCUCCCAUACGAAAAAGCAGGCCGUCCUCGCCCCCCUUCACCGAAACGACAGGCCGAACGUCUACCUAUCAAACUUGGAGAUGGGAGGAUUCAAAGUACGGGUGCUCGAGAAGUCCAAUCCGAUUCAGAAGACCAAGGAAAGAGUGAGGAAGACGAGAGUAUUGUCGUUUCAGAGACAAAACCACCAGCAAUCGAGGAUGUUGCGACAGGCGCACGGUUUGGUCGGCCAGCAGUAAGAGACGUAAUUAACCAGAAAUCAAAAAAGGCCCGCCUUGAAGCAGCUAAAGAGCAGUUGGCUAGUAUAUGCCAGGAAAUCAUUGCCGAUCCUGAGAAUAGUCUGGGUCUACUUCGCCGCCUACAUACCUUUGCUCUUCCCAAUAUUCCUGGAGGAACUGGCCAAAAUGGCGAGCAGCUACAUCCAACUCCUAACGAUCCUCGAAUCCGUACCCUGGCCUUACUCUCGCAACUGGCGGUAUUCAAAGACAUUGUCCCAGGUUAUCGAAUUCGUGCUCUUACCGAGCAUGAGAAAGCGGAAAAGGUUUCCCAGGCUGUUCAAAGGACCCGGGAUUGGGAACAAGGUCUUGUUGGCUUAUAUCAGAAUUACUUGAAGCUCCUGGAAGCUGAAGUUAAAGCUAAAUCUGAGCUCGACCAAGUAUCCCUCAAGUGUAUGUGUACUCUUUUGACUAGUAUUACACACUUCAACUUCAACUCCAACAUCAUGGCAACAAUUGUGGCGAGACUGAGUAAACGUUCCUGGGACGAAAGCUCGGACUUGUGCUCGAACUCUCUAAUAACCAUGAUACGCUCAGAUUCAACUGGUGGCCCGUCCCUCGAAGCUGUUCGACUCCUGAACCGAAUGAUCAAGGAACGACGUUUUUCAAUUCACCCCAAGGUUCUGAAUUGCCUACUGCACCUGCGUCUCAAAACGGAACUGGGUGUUCGGGCAAAUAGGGAAACAAUUGAUCGGCCACAAGAGAAGAAAGAAAAAGUCAGGAAAUUGCGAAAGGGGAAGAAAGCCAAUGUCAAAGAGGGCCAAGUUUACUUGAGCAAAAAGGCAAAAAAGGCGCUAAAGGCGAACAAGGAGAUUGAGAACGAGAUGGCAGAGGCUGCAGCAGAAGUUGAUAAGGAGGAGCGUGCUCAGCAGCAAACUGAAACCCUCAAGCUUUUGUUCGUGCUGUAUUUCCGGAUUCUCAAGUACCCCAAACCUACACCCCUACUUCCAGCUGCUUUGGAAGGCAUUUCUCGAUAUGCGCACAUGGUCAACGUAGACUUCUUCAAAGAUUUGUUACAGGUUCUGAAGGAGCUUAUAGAGAGGGGGAGCUUUCACGAGGAGGAAGAGGAAGAGGAGGCUGGCCAUAGUCAAGUCCAAGGCUCGGAGGUCUUGCGCCAACGGCUCCUGUGUAUAUCUACUGCUUUCGAAUUGCUUGGUGGCCAAGGAGAAGCACUAAACAUUGACUUGGGCGAUUUCGUUCAAUAUUUGUAUAGUCUCAUUCCCCCACUCUCACUUUCACCCGAUAUCGAGUCAUCCUCUCAAAGGUCUACCGGAAAAUCAAUCCACCUUGCCAACUCUGCAGACCUCCUCUUCCGCGCACUUGAUAAAGUAUUUGCUCCCCGUACAGCAUCAACGGCCCAUCCUCCUUGGCGUGUCGCAGCAUUCGCCAAACGCCUACUCACCGCGUCAACCCAUUUCCCACCUGCGACCUCUGUUCGUGCACUGGAAUUUGUUCACGCUCUGAUUGUGAAAUACCCACAGUUAGAUGCUUUGUUGGGCAGCGAUGAUCGUGCAGCGAACGGGGUAUAUAGGCCUGAUGUAGACGAUCCGCAAUUAGCGAAUGCUUUUGCGAGCUCGGCAUGGGAGGUUCAGUUGCUAUCUGCUCACUGGGAGGAGCGGACACGUACAGCAGCGCUCAAAAUUGCGAAUUUCAGCAGGACAUAG